UCUUGAUCUUUCAGAUAGUUUCUCUGUUGGUGGAAUCAGGAGUUGAUAUUAAUCUCCGGAACUACCGUGGACAGACGGCUUUGAUGCAAGCAUGUCAACAUGGUCAUUGGGAGGUUGUUUUGAUUCUGAUUCUUUUUGGUGCUAAUAUUCACAGAUCAGAUUACUUAAAUGGCGGUACUGCUCUACAUCUUGCUGCUCUAAAUGGUCACCCUCGAUGUAUCAGGAUCUUGCUUUCGGACUAUAUACCAAGCCUUCCCGAUUGCUGGAGCCUCUUGAAGAAUAAUAAAUCCUCAAUUGCUGGUUUUGAUCCAAGUGCUCUUCACGAAGUGAUCAACAGAGCAGCAGAUGGUGGUAUCACACCUCUUCAUGUGGCGGCUUUGAACGGACACAUAGAGACGGUGCAGUUGCUCUUGGAUUUGGGAGCUUCGGUUACUCAGGUCACUGUGGAAGAUGGAACCACAAUAGAUCUUAUAGGUGCUGGGAGUACAGCUCUUCAUUAUGCUUCAUGUGGUGGAAACACGCAGUGUUGCCAGCUUCUGAUCGCUAAAGGUGCCUGUUUAGCUGCCAUGAACUCCAACGGAUGGACUCCAUUGAUGGUUGCUCGCUCAUGGCACCGCAACUGGCUGGAAGAAAUCCUGAACCCAACCACAGAGCAACCACAAAGCCAUCCACCAAACGUCCCCUCUCCUUUCCUCUGCCUUCCUCUAAUGAGCAUUGUCAAGAUUGCUCAAGAAUGUGGCUGGCGAGAAAAUGAUUGUAACACUCCAUGUCGUGACCCUUGUGCCGUUUGUUUAGAAAGAAAAUGCACUGUAGCCGCAGAUGGAUGUGCUCAUGAGUUCUGCACAAACUGUGCAUUAUACCUAAGCACCACAAAAUUAACAUCGUCAAAGACAUCACAAGCCACACCAGGUUCAGUCCCGUGUCCUCUCUGUCGCAACGGCAUUGUAUCAUUUACCAAACUUCCUCAUACAACAAGCAUAACAACAACAACAUCAUCAUCAAGAACAAGCAUCUCUUUGUCCUUCUGCACUUGCUCCUCCGAUGUCUUAGACACAGCUCUCCUCACUAACCCUCACUACAGCUGUAGACCAGUUGUGUCAAGAACCGGUUCUCGAAUUCCACAAUCCGUUAGAUCAUCAUCGUUUCGGUCCCUUAGCUGCAACCGGUUUCCUCCAAGACUCUGCCUCGGGGGCUCAGACGUGGAUGAACCUCAAAGCCGGUUAAUGGGUGGAUCAUAUUCAAGAUCUAGUUUACGGUUCAGGCGAUCGACGUCGCAGGUUGAAGGAAAACGUUCUUGGUUCUCUGCACUCAACCAUUGUGUUACAACCGGUGGUAGUGCUUGCUAACUCAAAACGCAAUUGUCGUUUUUUUUUUACCUUAUUAUAUAUUUUUGUUCCCAGUUUUUUUGGGAUAAAAGAAAAAAAAAAUGCUAAUUGAUUCUGUGAAUGCUGUGGUAAAUUAUUCAUUUUGUGGUAAUUCAAAGUGUUGUAAUAAUAUAAUUAAUUUGGCGCUGCCAUUACA